GGAUUAGACGGGAUGGGUGAAAUGCCCAUCCUUACACAUGGAGCUCGAAAAUAACUGAUUUCCGUUGCCUCUCACCAAAGCUAAAACCCAAUCCAAACUUCAUUCCUUCCUUUUGUUAUCUGUCCUUUUCUCUCACACGCGCACAAUUUCCUUUCGUGCGUAUAUAACAUCCAUACUUUUCCCUCCUGAUUUACCCACCCUCCAUCUCAUUCCAUAAUUACAUUUCUUCAUGACUCCAUUUCUUCAACUCUCUCUUCCUUAACUCAUCACAUCACAACUCCGUUAUUAAAUUAAUUCUUUCGUUUCAACUUCAUUCACUCUUUCAAUUUUUCCUCAUCUAAAAACUGAAACACACAAGCAGUCCAGAUCUUCAAAAGAUGAUAAGCAGAAUGAAAAUGCUGUUUACUACGCUGCUGCUGCUAAUGUGCGCACCGAAGCACAUUUAUUCCGAUAGCAGGUUGCUUGUGAACAUGACUCUAGUUCGAAACGCUUCUCUCCUCGGCGCUUAUUGCUUGGACGGAAGUUUACCAGCUUAUCACUUGCACAGAGGAUUCGGAGCUGGAGUUCACAAUUGGCUUCUUCAGUUUGAGGGUGGUGGGUGGUGUAAUGACGUGAAUUCAUGUUUGGAUAGAGCUAAGACACGCCGUGGUUCUACACGUUACAUGAACAAGUGGGAAGUUUUCUCAGGCAUUCUCAGCAACAAUGCUUCUCUAAAUCCUGAUUUUUACAAUUGGAACCGUGUGAAGAUUCGGUAUUGUGACGGUGCUUCAUUUGCCGGGGAUGCCAAAUUUGACAAUGGGACAUCAUUACUUUAUUUUAGAGGGCAAAGGAUUUGGCAAUCAGUUAUUCUAGAUCUUCUCCCCAAAGGUCUACGUUAUGCAAAAAAGGCUUUACUUUCCGGGUGCUCUGCAGGGGGUCUGGCAGUUUUUCUACACUGUGAUAACUUCACCAGUUAUCUGCCAAAUAAUGCCAGUGUCAAAUGCUUAAGUGAUGCCGGAUUUUUCUUGGAUGCCAGAGACAUAAUGCUGAACCAUACUAUUAGAACUUUCUAUGAAGACCUAAUUUCCCUACAGGGGGUAGAACAAAACCUGGAUAAAAACUGCACAAUGUCUCUCUACUAUCCGGCUCAAUGUUUCUUCCCGCAGCAUGCGAUGAGAUAUAUUAGGACACCUUUGUUUGUUUUAAAUUCAGCAUAUGAUGUGUACCAAUUUCAUCAUAUAUUUGUGCCACCUUCUGCUGAUCCGCAUGGACAUUGGAAUCGCUGCAAGCUUAAUCCAGCAGCAUGUACUCCCCUACAGAUAGAUAUUUUACAAGUAUGGUUGUUCAGGACUCAGGAGAGAAAUGCUGGCAGCUUUGUAUAUUUUCUACGAAUACUCAAGAAGGGGAGGGAUGUUUAUAAAUUCCUGUUUUGCUCACUGCCAAAGUGAAUCACAAGAUACCUGGUAUGCAGCUGACUCACCAAGAGUGCACAAUAAGACAAUUGCAGAUGCUGUUGGUGAUUGGUACUUUGGGAGGAGGGUCACCAAGGAGAUUGAUUGUGCUUAUCCCUGUGACCGUACUUGCCACAACCUAAUAGGCUAAUACAACAAGGAAAGGCGCUUCAUACAAUUAAAUUUUGGUCGUUUUAGCAGAGGAGUCAUGGCACAAUUGCCGUUACACUAUACAGGGACGUAGCACAGAUGCCGUUAUACUAAUCAAGUUAACUAAUUUUUCCAUGAGCAGAUUUCGAAACUUCAAUCGAGGUUCAAAAGGUCUAAGACUCUAAUGGUGCAUAAAAGAAAAAAAGAUAUAACUCUUAGCUACUAGUAUUUCCAUUGGUAUAUUAUUUAGUUGGUUUAUCCUGUGUGCAGAGGGUAAUGGGUCAUGUUUUAGAUACUCGGUUAAUUUUUUUAGCACACAUGUUUAUAAUUGAUUGAAUUUGUAUUACUUUCAUAAAUUUGACAAAUAAAAAAAAGCUUAAUUUUUAUUUCGUGUGUUUUCA